AUGACUUUCUUCGCAGCAGCUUGUUCUUCUGCUGCCGCUGCUGCUGCUGCUGCUGCCGCCUCUGCUGUCCCGCCCCCGUCUACUUCUCCCUUCCGCGGUGUACAGACACCUCAGCAAAUUCACAGCUGUCUGCAGCUUCACGUCGCCUCCAACGACAACGCCUUGCAGCAGCAGCAGCAGCAGCAGAAUCACCAGCAGCAGCAGCAGCAGCAGCGCCAGCAGAAGGAAGGGCAUCUGCAGCAGCAGCAGCAGCAGCAAAACCCCCCGCUGCAGCAGCAGCAGCAGCAGCAGAAUGGGAGGCUGGCAGAAGCACUUCUUUUAAGAGACACAUCACAACUUGUCGCACCUACAGCAGCAGCAGCAGCAGCAGCAGCAAACUCGCCCCCUAUGGCCUCCCCCCAAACAGCAGCAGCAACAGCAAACCAAGCUGCUGCCGCGACUGCAGCUGCAGCAACAGCAACAGCAAACCCUACACAGCCGUUGCCGCCAGGCGAGAGAACAGCCUUGGAAGCUGCUGCUGCUCCUGCUGCUGCUGCUGCUGCUGCUGCUGCGGAGCGGGAGAAGGUGGAGAUGGAGUGCGACUGCUCCCCUGCUGCUGCUGAGGCUGCAGCAGGCGGCGCUGCUAGCAGCCAAUUGCUUCUGGUGAAACAGCAACAGCAGCAGCAACAGCAGCAGCAGGUGCAGGUAAAGCAGGUACAGGAAGAUCCUGCGCAGCAGCAGACACUGCAGCAGCAGCAGCAGCAGCAGCAGCAGGCAUGUCUUUCUUCGCCCGCCCGUUCGGCUGGUGAAAUAACAGGUGUAAAGGGGAUUCCAUCAUCAGAGAAAGAAGCAGCAGCAACAGCAACAGCAGCAGCAACAGCAACAGCAGCAGCAACAGCAGCAGCAGGAGAGGUUGGGGUUUGUAACGCAGCGUCUGAUGCUCCUGCCGGUGCGGGAUCAGGAUCUGCUGCAGCAGCAGCAGUAGCAGCAACAGCAGCAGCAACAACAACAGCAGCAGCAGCAGCAGGAAGGGCAGGAUGUGGUGUCUCAGGUGUUGAUGUAGAGCUUUCUUCUGUCUCUUCUUCUUCCUCAGUAUCUGCUGCUGCUGCUCCCGCUCCUGCUGCUCUUGAUGCAGUCUCAGCAGCAGCCACAGCGCCAACAGCAGCAACAGCAGCAGCAACAGCAGCAACAACAGCAGCAGCAACACAAGCAGGAGAAGAGCAUUCGGGUUUGUCUUCUCCCCCUUCUUCCUGCGCAGCAGCAUCACUGUCUUCUUCUGCUUCUUCUUCUUCUGCUUCUUCUUCAUCUUCUUCUGCUUCUGCUUCUUCUGCUUCUUCUUCUGCUUCUUCUUCUGCUUCUUCUUCUGCUUCUUCUUCUUCAUCGUCUUCUUCUUCUCCGCCACAGCCUUCUUCUUCUUCUUCGUCGUCGUCUUCUUCUUCUAGUACAAAUACAAAUGCAAAUACUUCUUCUUCUAAUACUGGUUCUAAUACUAAUAAUCCGUCAUCAUCAUCAUCAUCAUCAUCAUCUUUUGCUUCUUCUUCUUCUUCUUCUUCUUCUUCUUCUUCUUCUUCUUCUUCUUCUUCUUCUUCUUCUUCGUCUUAUUCUUCUUCAGUUCGUCGAUUGACAGAUCGGGGCUCAGACUGGCAUCCGCUGGACGCAGUAGUAGAGCGUAUAGAGGCACAUGUGCGUCCUAGCAGCAGCAGCAGCAGCAACAGCAGCAGCAGCAGCAGCGGCAGCAGCGGCGGCCCUAGCAGCAGCAGCAGCAGCAGUAGCAGCAGCAGCAGCAGCAGCAGCGGUCGUGUGCAGUGGUAUAAGGGUUUCCGCAUGCCUUUAGGGGCUGAAGGCAGACAAAUACUUUUGAGAAGGUUGCGCAAAGCUUAUCAUUCAAAUCCUAUUAAGUGGGAUGAAGAGCUGUCUAGACACCGCAUUAUAUUUAGUAGAAUGCCUUAUGCAACUGUCAUAGAGCUUUUUCAGCUUGCACAUCUUCUCGGGGUCUUUGACUUUGCUGUUCGAUGCUCAGAGGAGUAUGGUAGUGAUGCUGGGGGCAGUGCAGCACAUAGAAGAAGAAAGCACAAUAAACUAGCAGCUACAACCAGCAGCAGCAGCAGCAGCAGCAGCGGAGGAGCAGCAGCAGCAGCAGGGGGCACGGGGGGAAACGGCAGCGCAGCAGCAACAAACGGCGUUCAAAUGCAAAUUCAAAAUGGCAGUGUACAGGCAGCUAAUGCAGAGACAGACGCACAGCAGCAGCAGCAGCAGCAGCAGCAGCAGCAGGGUUUGCUGGCAGCAGAAGAUCUUGAUGCUAGAAUGGUAGGUGCUCUCUUUGCAGAAGGCAGUUAUAAAGGCAGCAGCAGGAGAAGACAGAGACGCGCCCCCAGCGGCACCACUACUACAACUACCACUGCAGCAGCAGCUGCAGCAGCAGCAGCAGCAGCAGCAGCAGCAGCAGAUGGACCCCACCUCCUCGCCCCCAGGCCAAGACGGGUGAGACGCUCUAGCCCUGCAUAUUUAAGAGACUAUGAAACCCUUACCGAUGCGCUGAGGUUUACUGCACCUUCCCCCAAAAGAAAGCGAAACGGCGGUGCAGCAGCAGCAGCUGCUGCUGCUGCUAACGGCAGCAGCAACGCACUGCUUGGCUGGGAAUGUGCCGGUGCCUUCAACGAGCAGCAGCAGCAGCAGCAAGAUGACCUCCUAUCUGCUGUUCUUCGAAGCAGGGAUGGCGCUGCUGCAGAGGAUUCGUUCCUUAGAGCGGCUGACCCGCAGGCAGCAGCAGCAGCAGCAGCAGGAGCAGCAGCAGGAGGGGCGCUGGAGCCUGACAGACAGCUGAAGGAGUUCAGCGACAGCCUUUGGCUUAAGGGGGUUUUAAACGAAGGGGUAUUAACUCCAGAGUUGCAGGAAGCGAGCAAUUUGCUGCAGCGAGACCCGCAGCAGCAGCAGCAGCAGCACCAGCAACUGCUGCUGCUCCAGCAGCAACUCGAAGCUGAACAGAAUGGUGCGCAGCGCGGCCGCUUCUUCUUCUCUGCUGAACUCCCUGGAGAAGCCAGCAGCGAUGUCAGCAGCCCUUGGGGUAAGAAUGAUAAAAUAAACAGCAGCAGCAGCUUCAACCGCCGCAACAGCGGCAGCAGCAGCAGCGGCAGCAACAGCAGCAACAGCAGCAACGGAUGCGGUAUAGGCCUUUCAGGGCAGCAGCAGCAGCAGCGCCGCAACAAGAGAGUUAAAGUGCCUCCAUCAGGUCCCGCUGCUACUGCUGCAGCAGGUUCUGUUGCUGCAGCAGCAGCAGCAGCAGCAGCAGGUAGCGACGCCUUUGCUCUUCCUAACGCUGCUGGGUUGCCUCUGCACCUCGACGCUGCAGCAGAAUGUUUAAGCGGCCUUCAAUCAAAGACCCCCUCCGCAGCAGCAGCAGCAGGUGGCAAAGCAGAAACUGCAGCAGCAGCAGCAGCAGCAGCGGCAGGUUUAGAUGGUGCUGCUGCGCCUUUGAAUCUGCAUGCAUUAACAGCGAACUAUACAAUUGCUGCGCAGUAUCUGCAAGUUAUUCAGCUGCUAGCAGUGCAGCGCCAAAUUAUGGAGCUAACAGAAAGCCUAAAGACAUGUGACGCAGCACCUGCUGCUGCUGCUGCUGCAACGGGAGCAGCAGCAGCAGCAGGAGGGGCAGCAGCGGCAGGUAGGGGGGGCCCUGGAGACCGAGGCUCUGCAGCAGCAGCAGCAGCAGCAGCAGCACUGUCAAGCUGCUUUGGGGCUAAGCGAGACCCGCAGUCUGCGUUGAGUCAGCAGCUUAUCCUGCGGCUGGGGGAAGAAGUCGGAUUGAAUAGCACAGCAGCAGCAGCAGCAGCAGCAGCAGCAGCAGGAGCGCAGCGGGAGACAGGCGAAGGAGAGGCAGCCAGUGGGGGGCCAACGUCGACGCUGCUGGAAGAACUAGAGAGAAAAGUUGCUGCUCUUGAAUGCCUCGUUGCUGGCAGCAGCAGCAGCAGCAGCAGCAACAGCAGCAGCAACCGCAUGCAUCCACCGCCUCAAGAUGUCCUUGCUACUGCUGUUGGCUUGCAGAGGGUUUUAGAGGGAAGCAGCAGCGUUGAGGGUCUCCUGGGGAGCUCGCAGCAGGCGCAGCAGCUGCAGCAACUGCAGCAGCUACAGCAGCUGCAGCAACUACAGCAGCUGCAGCAGCUGCAGCGGGCGCAUCAACAGCAGCAGCAGCAGCAGCAGAGUGCUGUUGCUGCAGGGGGGAGGGUAGAGGGGGGUCAGCGGGCCUUUGGCCGGCAGCUAGCCUUUAGCUGCUCUUCUCCUGAGUCUCCUGUUGAUGGCCGCUACCUCCUGCUGAAGGACUUGUUAGCAAAGACGCAGAGUAAACAGAGGGAGCCUCCUCCUCCUGCUGCUGCUGCUGCUGCUGGUCCUGCUGCUGUUGCUGCAGCAGGGACAUCAGCAGCAGCACACGCUGCAGCAAACGCAGCACUGGGGCUGCAGCAGGGAUUACAGCAGCAGCAGCAGCAAACGCGGCAGCUGGACCUGCUGCUGCAGCAGGGAUUACAGAAAAUGCAGCAGCGAAUGCAGCAGCAAAUGCAGCAGCAGGAGCGCUUGUCUCUGAUGAUUGUCGUUCAUUUGUGCUACUAA